CGCCGUCGGUGUUCGGGAAGGAGAUGAGGGAGAGGAAGGACGGAGAGGAAUCGAGCGCGAUGAAGACGGAGUUCGUGAAGGUGUACAGCUACGAAGAAUUGGGGGAGAAGUUGAAAAAACUGAGGCCGGAAGGGAAAGGCGAAGGGUGGUUUUCAAUGGAGGAGUUGAAUCAAAGAUUGAUGAAUUUGAGAGAAAUUGAACAGAAGGAGACGGAGUCGAGAAUUGCUGGGCUGCCGUAUAGGGAUUUGAGGGAGAGCUUGGCAAAGUUGAGGCUUUCUUCUGAUGAGGAGAAAGCAGGGAAGGCUUCCAUUGAGAGGCUUGAUGUGUUGGGUCAGCUGGGUCGAACUCCAAGCUUCAUGAUGCAACCUCCGAAGGAACAUUUGGUUGAAAGGUAUUUCCAUCCAGAUAACAUGUCUUCAGCAGAAAAAAUGAAAAGUGAGCUUGCCAAAGUUAGAGACGAAUUUAAAAUGUCAGAAUCAGAUUGUGGAUCCGCAAGAGUACAAGUCGCACAACUCACAACCAAGAUCAAACAUCUAUCAGCAGUUCUACACAAGAAGGAUAAGCAUUCUCGGAAGGGUCUUGUAGCGAUGGUGCAAAAGAGGAAGAAGUUAUUGAAGUAUCUCCGAAGAACUGACUGGGAAUCUUACUGUUUUGUUCUAGAUAAACUUGGUCUCCGCGACAACCCUGAUUACAAGAACUAGGCUAAACCAUACCAUUACAUUUCCCACUCCCCGCCGGCAGAUUUUUGUAUUUUUCGUAUCGUAGCUUAUUUCCAGUUCAGAGGGAGGUGGAAAUGAAAUUGUAUCGGUAUUUGAUUUAUUUCUUAUUUCCUUGUGGCCUUUUUGGAACAAGGGAUGAUAACGAUGUGCUGUCAAGAAUAUAUUGUUGCUCACUUUUUUGAAAGCUGAUAAUAAGCAGCGAACAAAUGCAGUGAAGAGCUGUAUCAUUAAUUCGUUAUAAAUGUAUUUCCUGUUCAGAAGAACAUAGUACAUACCUUUUAUGAGUUUA